GUUGAUGUGAAUUUCGAAAAAUAUUUUUGUUUACUUUUUCAAAAAUUGGAUGAAAUAAUAAUUUAGGAUUCUAUUGAAAGAAAGCAGUUGAAUAUAUUUUACACACGUUAGCAAAGAUAUUCACUGAAUAAUAUUACAUUCAACAAAUAAGAAAUGGUUCGGCGCUGUGCAGUUCACAAUUGUAAAGAGUCAAAUAUAACAUUACUUGCUCACCGAUUUCCCAAAAAAGAAGAUAUGGUGAUUAAAUGGCAGAAUGCAUUAAAUUUAAAAAAUUAUUCGGUUCGAGACCUUCAAACUAAGUUUGUUGUUUGCACGAAACAUUUUAAACCAUCAUCAUAUAGAAAUGUAGUUUCAUCAAGUUUGAACACCACAGCAAUUCCAGAUCUAAAUGACAAUUUGGACAAUGAAAGAAUUAUCACAACAAAUGCUGCUUAUAAGAAAAAUAGAUCUGCUCCCAUUCGUUGUCAUAAAUAUCCGAAUGAAUUAUUUAUUGAGGAAACUUUGACAGAAGAAAAGCCUAAAGUUAAAAAAGCAAAGAUUGAAGAUCGAACAGAAAAUACAGAACUUCAAAAGGAGCAUCUAGUUGUUGAAGUUGAUAUGAUUGGAGUUGUAAAUUCUGCAGAUGAAAUAGAAGAACAUGUAGAGCGCAAGAAUAUUUGUAAUGAUAUCCAAAUAGAUACAAAACCAGUUAAAACUAAAUCAGUUGCAACCAACACUGAAAAAGAAAUCCAUAAAAAUGUCGAGAUAGAAUCAAAAAUGAUUGAAACGAAAGCAAUUGCAACAAAUACUGAAGAAGAAAUGUUUAAAGUUUUGAAUUUAAAUAUAGAUCCUCAAAUUAUUCUGACCGAUCAACAGACACAAACAGAAACAGACCAUGAAAGUAAUAAAAAACUAGAAGAUUCCAAUCAAUCAAAAGAUAACAAAAUAUUUGGGAUUCUCUAUCCUGAAUUAGCUAGUCUAAACAAAAUGCAACUUGGCGAGCUUGUAGCUGAAAGAAAUCGUAAAAUUGAAUCUCUUGAAGAAAAAGUUAAUAAGUUAGAAGCAGCAAUGAAAAGUUUACUUUGAGAAUAUUUAAGUAGAUUUAUGCUGACACACACAUUUCUUCAAUCAUGAUUUCUUUUUGAUUUUAUGAAGAAUCUUUAAAAAAUAAAAUUUCAUUUAAAAG